AACACGUGUUCUCCAUUUUGACUUAAAAUUUCGUAUGAAUAACGUUUCGUACAUAUAGGUAUUGCGUAUCUAUAUUUUGUUUUUUUAAAUAAAGUUGAUAAUUCAUGUAGACGUUUACAUAUUUUUCAUUUUUUGUUAUCCAUAAUACAUUAUUAAGGUAGUAAGACUGGUGCUGUUAACGAAUGUUUAUUUAUUACGAAAUGUAAAGUUUUAGACGAAGAAUCUCUGCGAAUACUAUCCUACUUGCAAGCAUAUGACAGUUUGUGAUUUAUUAUCUUAUUCUAAGAUAUCCUUAUUAGAAUUUCAAUAGUUUAAUCAAUCGAAUAAUAUUUACAAUUUUAAAGUAAAGAAAAUUUGAAAUUGUUCGAAAUAAAUAUAUUAAUUCAAUUGAUCAAAUAUGUCUUGUCAAAUAAAAGGAAUUGCGAAUCUAACCAAUAUAAGCAAUAUUAAAGAGUUACUUUUUGGAGAAUCAACCAGAAAACUUGACAUUCCACAAGAUGAAUUACCAUUACAAGACUGUUUUAUAUCAUUGUCCUCAACUGGAGAUGUUCUUGCUAUGGCAUAUAAUACAAAAAUGAUUAUAUUAAUUUCAAGGUGGGAUUCAUUAGAACCAGAUGAGGCAAAAAAUAAAUUUCAUUUGAUAUGGUAUGGUGAAAUUGCUAAAGAAGUUAAUGAAUGGAUAACAUCUGUGAUUUGUUUACCUUUAUUAUCAUUGGGAAAAGCUAGUAGUGGAACUAAUCCAGAUUGGACAUGUAUUAUAGUUGGUUUUAAUACUGGUUUUAUUAGGUUUUAUACAGAAACAGGUGCAUUAUUAUUAGGAGAACAAUUACAUAAUGAACCGGUUGUAGGAUUAAAAUGUCAAUCUUUUCGUUCACCUAAACAUAGUGGUGAUACUGGAUUAUCAGAAGAAGUUCAUGUGACAUAUAAUAGUGUUGUAUGUGUAUUACAAGGUUUCCCUUUAUUUUCUACAUUACGAGCAUGUAGAAAUCAUUUAGCUAGAGUUCAAGCAAACUGUGAUGAUCUACCACCUAUAACAAAUCUGUCAUAUAAAAAAUGGGGUUAUAAAAGUCAAGAUAUUGUAAAUGAUUCAGAAGUAAUUGGUACCACUUCUGUAAAUAGUUUUGAUCAUUUAAUGACAGCUUCAAUUUGUGGUGGAUAUAAUGCAUCUUAUAGAUCUAGUGCACCACAGCAUAAUUUAGUUCUUGCAACUGGUAAACGACCAUUUGUUGGUUUUCAUUAUGCACUAGAAGGUGGUUCAGUUCCAGUUUUAUCAGAUGUUGCAAUAGCAAUGGCCAGCAAAUUAGCAAAUGCUAUUGGAACUGCUGUUCCUUGGUUUCCUCUUAAUUGGGGAAAUUUAAAACAUCAAGCAUCACUUGAAGUAUCAAAAACUAGUACUCAUGAACCAAUUGAACCAAUGACUUGUAGAUUUGGACUAAGUGAUGUUACAAGAGAAGGUUAUUCAAUAAUAUCCAGUCCAAAUAAGGCAUUAUCAGUAAUAUUAGAUGCAAUGGGUAGAGUGUUAUUAAUAGAUAACAAAUGUUGUAUAGCUAUUAGAAUGUGGAAAGGUUAUAGAGAUGCACAAUGUGGCUGGAUUGAAGUGGAAGAAGAAAAACAUUCUGGAAUGCACAAAGCAUUUAGUAAAUUUAAACAAACUCCACAGUUGCGUUCUGCUUUUUUUUUAGUCAUUUAUGCUCCAAAAAAGGGAAUAAUAGAUAUAUGGAGUACUCAACAAGGUCCUAAAAUUACUACAUUUACUGCUAGUAAACAUGGUCGAUUACUUUAUAUUAAUUAUGGUCUUCUUGGUGUAAAUGAUAAUAUACACAUAUCAAAGAAUAAACCACAAUAUUCAUGUAUUUUUAUGGAUCCUCUUGGAGGAUUGAAAGAAAUUACAGUACCAUUUCAUUUUGCUCUUAAUAGUAAAAAUGGAAAAAGAGCACGUGAUAUACAUUUGCUUAAAAAAUUGAAAACUUUUUUACGAGAAGAAGAAUUUGAAUAUGAGAAAUUAAUUUCAGAAAUUGAAAAUGUGUGUUCAGAUUUAAAAACUAAUGAAAUAAAAGUGCAAACAUUAGAAAUGUUAAUGUCAAAUAAAAAUAUUAUUCCUGAUGCUUUAUUAACAGCUACAAAUUGUUUUACUAAAAAAUUAGACGAAUGUGAUAAAGAAGAAAUGGAACCUACUACUAAAACGCUUUAUUUAUUAACAACACAGUUACAACAAAUAAUUACUUUUUAUAAAUAUAUUGAUUCUCAGUUUAAUACAUUGGAAAAUAAUAUUUCUAUAGAUUAUAAUAAUAGUAAUCUUAAUACAAGAAGUUUAGCUUCUACUUUAUUAACUUCUGAAAGAGAAGUGCAUAGAAUUUUUGAAUUGUUUAAUACAAUAAAUAGUUAUAAGAAUUCGGUUUUUAACUCGGAAUGUAAAGUGAAAUUUAAAGAAGAUGGAAAAAUUUUUUCGGAUUUUUUAUCUUGUUUUGAAUUUGGAACACUAGGAUUUAUCGAUGUUAAAAAAGAUAUAAAAAUAGAAAAAGAAGAUAAUAUUUCUCGAUUAAUGUAUGAAGGAUGUAUACAUUCAUGUGAUAAGAUUGAAAUGUGGAAAGAAGCUGCUAAAAAUAGUAAUAUUGAACCAUUUGUUUUUAUAAAAUUUGCUUUAAUCUAUUGGCUUAAUAAACAACAAAAUUCAUAUUUGGAAAUAGAAUUAAAAUUUAGAAUGAAACAAUUUACGCAACUCUUACAUGCUAUUUGUUCUAUAGCAGAUAUUGAAGAUAUAUGUGCAGAAUAUAAUGAAAUAUCCUUGUGGUGGAAAAAGGUUCGUAAUAUUCUUUUGAAUUCAACAAAUUCAUUUAAUGCACUUAGUGCUGCUUUGAUGUGCAGAGCUGUUGCAAUGUCUAUAGAAAAAUAUAAAGAAAAAUAUGAUAAUAAAGAAAUUGAAGAAAAUAAUGAUCAAGAAGGAAUAAAAAAUGAGAAUGAUUCAGAAAAAAUAAAGCAAAAACAAAAUUAUGUUAACAAUAUGAAAUCAGAUGAUGAAAUAUAUAAUUUAACAAAUGAAUGGGAAAAUGUUACUAAAGAUAGUUGUCAAUUUACAUUACUUAUUGGAAAUCUUGAAGACAUUACGAUUUUAGAUGCUAUUGUAAGUCAACAACCUCCAUUGGAUACUACAUUACAAUUUUUUGCAUUACCAUUUGUAAAAUUCGAUAUUUCUUUAGGAUCUGUUCUUUCAAAAGGAAAAGGUUCUGUGUCAGAAAUAGUUGCAAAAUGGAUUGCAUCUACGGGUAUCGAUCCUUCUGAAUUAAUAGAUACAACGGAUACAGAAUUUGAUCAUAUGCGGACAACAAAUGAUUUUUUAGAAGUACCAAAUUCUUCAGACGAAAUUUCUAAUGCUGAUAAUGUUUCACAAUUUGAUUUAGAGAAAUCUCUUUCAAUAUCUUCUGAUAUAAAAAAUGAAAAUAAAGAUAAUAUAAAUACUACUUCAUGUAUUUUAGAAAAAAUUAAAUUAUUAAAACGUCAUUUUCCAUAUAGUUUAACAAGUAGUGUUUUACUAGCUAAUAUAUGUUGGGAAUUUGCAAUGUCAUGGAAUAAAGAUAUUUCACAGUUGAAGUCUCUUGAAGCUGCAUUAUCUGUUUUACGACAAAUACCUAUGAAACGUAUGAGGCACGGUGUUUGUUGUUUGCUAUGGUCAGUUCACAUGAAGAAACGAAUGGAACUAGUUGCAAAAUUAAUUAAUAAACUUGGAAAACUACCAAAGGAGAGAUUAUGUAUGCAAGAAAUCGGAUUAUCUGAUAUACAAAUAAUUACAUUUUUACAACAUUGUGUUACGUUUUUAGAAAUAUUUAUUGAUUCUGAAAUACUCGAAACUGGAGAGAAUAUAGUUAUUAAAUCAGAAGAAAUAUGGGAAGGUUGUACUUCUAGUCCACAACCAUUUGCUGCAUUAGCUAUUUCUCAAGCACCCGCUUGGUAUGAUCUAAUUAUGUUGCAUAUACAGUUAGCUAAUGUUUUAUAUAUGAUGGCCUAUUUUAAUUUAAAAGUAAUAAAACCAUUAAAUAAUUUAUUUGAAUCUGUAGUACAACCAUAUUUUUUUCAAACGAUGUCAGAUAAAGUAAUGCUUACAUGGUAUCGAGAUGAUAAAAGAGAUAGUCUAAGAACUACAUUUCUAUGUCGAAUAAUUACUGCAUCAAUGGAUUUUAUUCAUCAAGAAACAAUAGAUGGUAAAAUAACUAGUUCAGUACAAGCUGUUCAAUGGAUGAGUAAAUGUCAAACAUUAGCAUCCAUUUGGAAAAUUAAUAAUGACGAAUUAAGAAUAUAUCAAGUUUGUCAAUUAUAUGUGAAUGGUUUUGAUCGAUUAGCAGAGGAAGUUGUUACAGCUGUAAACGAUGUUGAAAAGUUAGCAGAAGAUCUUCUGCCAAUUGCUGCAAGAAGAAUGAUGGCAUAUCUUUCAAAAUCACCUGAUCUUUUAGAAGAAGUUUCUCGUAUAAGUCCAACUCUUACAAAAUAUUUGGAAAGUCUUGAUGUACCGGAAAUAAUUUGUACAAAUUGUUCAAAUGAUGAUACUAUUGAAUUAAUACGACGUGUUUCAAGACAUUUGCCAGAAACACAUUCUAAUUAUCAUCUUGCACAAUUAAUGCUAGAUGCGGUAUUCAUUUAUGAAGGAACAACAUGAUGUUCAAAUAUUUAAAUAGGAAUAAUUUAUAGGGUAUAAGUAAAUUUAUCUCUGCUUUAUGUUUUUAAUUGUAUUGAAUCUAAUGUUUUAAGUAAAUAUAAAAUAUACUUAUCAUGUAUCAUUGAUAUCCCAUCAUAUCAGAAAUAAAUAAAUACUUGAAACAUUUGAUUGCAAAUUAUAACAAAUAUGGACGUACAUUUAUGUCGCAUAUAAUAAAUUAAACGAAAAAAUUUAAUU